ACAACGUACCUCUGGUUCAACUUACUGCUUGCACUCAUUCAACGCUUCCCUAACCUACACCUCUCAAGGUGGUCAACUCAAAGAAUCUUAGUGAGAAAUUAACUAUCCUGGGUAGCUGCCACAACAGCACUCAGUAUAGUUGCAGUAGAUAAUCUAAUUAACACCAGGCGCUUCAGACGAUUUUCAAACCAUCUUUGCGCGAGGCACGCUGCAGUAAAUCCUGCUUCGGGGCUGGACUAGGAGUGAUGUCAAUGGAAAUGUAGGCGUUUUAUACCACGGGAACUUGCCCAGCAGAGUUCCAAGGUUAGUGGUACGGAGAUUUAACAGUUGGCGGCAAGAGCGCCUGAGACAAGGUAUUAGCGAAGUGCAAAGUCCUUUGCCAGUCUGUGAGCGGGUGGUGCAGCGGCACAGAGUCUCCCUGUGUCAGAUUGUCAUACAGAAUGUUAUUUAUCUCACCUCUACAAUUCUGAGAUACAAGCAUCACCCUACAAGAUGGAUUUCUGGGCAUCACUUCACCCAAUUUUAUUUCUACUCUUACUACUGUCUACUCCGCUGGUGUCCCCAAGAGAUGCGAAAGUAAAUGAAAUAAUGAAAUCUGCACCAUUAAUCGAUGGCCACAAUGAUUUAGCACUACAGCUGAGAAGAUACUUUAACAACAACCUGACUGCAGUUGACUUGAAAACUUUGAACAAGACAUAUACAAAUAUUAACAAACUAAAAGAAGGAAAUGUGGGAGCCCAGUUGUGGUCUGCUUAUGUACUGUGCUCAGCCCAAUACAAAGAUGCUGUUCGCCUGACCCUGGAACAAAUCGAUGUUAUCAAACGGAUGUGUAGGAAGUAUCCAGAAUUUAAGUUGGUUACAUCUUCAAAAGACAUUGAAAAUACUGAAAAAAUAUCUUGUCUAAUCAGCAUUGAAGGAGGACACUCAAUCGAUAGCAGUUUGGCAGCCUUAAGGAUGUUUUAUGAACUUGGAGUACGCUCUAUGUCUUUGACGCACAAUUGUCACACACCAUGGGCAAGGAGUGCAAUACCGCAUGCUAGCAGUGUGCCUCCCAAAACCAGUUUAACUGAUUUUGGUCAGGAGGUUGUGUGGGAGAUGAACCGACUGGGAAUGAUAAUAGAUUUGUCGCACACUGCCAUCGACACAGCGAAAGCUGUCCUUCAAAUCUCCAAGGCACCGGUUAUAUUCAGUCAUUCGUCUGCUUAUGCCAUCUGCCAGAAUCCCAGGAAUGUUCCAGAUGAACUUCUUAAGAUGAUUAAACAGGGUGAUAGCCUCGUGAUGGUGAACUUCCACUCUGGUUUUGUGGCUUGUCAGAAGCUUUCCAAUAUUUCUAGAGUUGCAGAUCAUUUCGACCACAUCAAGAAAAUUGCUGGUUAUGAGUCGGUUGGAAUCGGCGGAGAUUAUGAUGGGGCCAUUGGGUUUCCCCAGGGUCUAGAAGAUGUGUCAAAAUACCCUGCACUAAUUGAGGAACUGCUGAGGCGCAACUGGAUGGAAGAAGAAUUAAAAGCUGUACUACGAGAUAACUUUCUCCGGGUUUUCCGUAAAGUUGAAACGGUAAAGGAAGAACUGAAGGAUGAUACAGCCAGUGAAGUGGAGAUUCCCUUUAAGGACAUUAUUAACACUUCCUGUCGCUUGAAUCUCAAGGAUCCAUUUCCACCUUCCAACUUAGGACACUCACUAAGCAAAACAAUGCCUCAUGCUUUUACCAUUAUAUGUACAGUUAUACGCUACAUCAUUUCUAUCAUUUUAACUGGAUAGUGAAUCCAGUCCAAGGUCAUUCAGCUGCAAAGCCAUCUCCAAGCAAAUAUGUGGCUGGGACAAAAAAUCUUGUAACGAUCUUGUUUGUCAGCAGAGUGAUGAUAGAUGGAGAUAAAUUAACUCCCACCGA